AUGAAGGCAGCGACGGUAAAUCUGGAAGUGAACGGUGACCCUGUUUUCCUAAAACGACGCGUUCUCCCUUACGGUCAACGGGAAGGUGUCCCGAAAGCGUUACAGAAAAUGGAACAGGAUGGUGUGAUAAGUAAAGAUGAAUCCAGUGCCUGGGAGGCCCUGAUUGUCGUGGCGAUGAAAAGUGAUGGUAGGACACCACGCAUCUGUAGAGACUAUCGACUGACGUUGAGUCAUCGAUUGCGGAGAUGUGCGGCGUCCACCAUGGAAUCAGAGAUUUCCAUGAAGGACAGUAAAGGACAGGUCACAUGA